AUGGAUGGCGCACUGGGUGAAGAGCACCUGAAUUUUAUGCAAUGGGCUGUUUCCAACGGGGUCAAGAUCAACGGUGUGGCACCAGCUAGGUUCCCCGGUCGACGAUUGGGGAUGAUCGUUACUAGAACAAUAGAAGAGGGUGAAGUCAUGCUCUCGGUUCCUCUAGCUGUAAUGCUGACUAUCGACUCAAUCCCACCACGGUUCGUGGAUCGGUUCCUGGGGGGAUCCUCCAUCCAUGGGAUCCUUGCGGCGUUUCUCACACACGGCGAUGGGGAUACCCGUGAACGGCUAGAGGCCUGGCAGAAGACUUGGCCCAGCUUGCAGGAAUUCGAAGACAACAUGCCUAUGCUAUGGCCGGAGCACCUUCGGGCAUCGCACUCGGUUCCCAAAAGCUCGUCGCGUCGGAGCGUCCUUCCUCCUUCUAUCUCAGGGAUGUGGAAUACAUUCAAGAAAAUCCCGGUGAACAUGGGCUAUGAAACGAGAUAUCAGGAUCUACUUGCGCAGCAGGAGAAACGUUUCAAUGACGCGUGGGGGGAUGUUCUCUCGGCGUUUCCCAAUACGGAUUGGAAGACGUUUACGUAUAAUUGGCUCAUUGUGAACUCGCGUAGUUUUUAUUAUACCUCGCCUGGUAAGGGCGAGCCGGAGGAUUGGAAUGAUGCCAUAGCGUUGGUUCCUUUUGCAGAUUACUUUAACCAUGAGGAUGAUGCGGCUUGUGGUGUCAAUUUUGACGGAAGGACAUAUACGUUCACAGCGACGAGAAGAUACGAGCCAGGUGAAGAAGUAUAUAUGAGUUACGGACCACAUUCUAAUGACUUUCUCCUGGUUGAAUAUGGCUUUUACCUCGACGUGAACGCGUCAGAUUCCAUAUACUUAGAUGAUAUAAUCUUCCAGAGCCUCACAGCUGAGCAGAAGAAGGAGCUGGUGCUUCGCGAAUAUUUUGGCAACUACGAAGUAACGGCAGAAGGCGUCAGCUCCAAUGUGGAGCUCGUCGCAUGUUUGAAGUAUAUGUCUCUCAGGGAUUGGCGAAAAUACAUUCUUGGUCAGUCUGAUCGGAACGUCGAUCCUCAAAAGACCGCGGGGAUAAUCUGUGACUGGAUCCGUACCUACCUAACGGAGAGCGAGGUGACGAUCAAAAGUAUCCAGAAUGCCAUGGACAACAUGCCCGUUGCGAGUGGCAACGCUGCCAUUUCGGCCAAGCAGGAAAGGGAACGACUGAAUAUGGUUCUUGGGAGAUGGAUUCAAAUUCGACAUUUGUGUGGCAAAGCACUGAAGAGCGUAGGACCAACCUCAGCAUAA